AUGGUUUGGCGUAUGGUAUGUUACGUAUCGAAUUUGAGGUGGAACCCUUGCGAGACUUGUGGUGGCGACGUGGGGGCAGCUGACAUGAGAGUCUUGAUAGGGAAUUGCACACUCAAGCUCUGGGAAGGGAAGAAGUGCAAGGGGAGGUAUCUAGGAAAGGCUACGCAUAUCAACUGGCCCGACCUCCCCUCGGCCUGCUGGCAACCUUUCCGCGACAUCGAUGGGGUGCCAGGGAGUGCGAGGAGUGCAAAGAUUGAAUGCAAGCCAUUAGACAGGGGCGGGGAUUGUCCGUUACCGCUAUAUGAUCCGGGUCUGGAUGGAUUCUGGAUGUGUCCCCAAAACGAGACGAAGGCAGGAACAUGA